AUGAUUCCCUCUGCGUCGACAUUGACCGGACCCGACCUUUUCACGGUACCAUCAUCUCUUACCCCACCAUCAUCUCCUAGACCACAUAUAAUCUUCACCUACCAUGUUGAUCCACUCAUUACCCAUGACUUCCGCAUUAACGGGGAGGGGGAGGGCCAGCCAGCUUCUACAGAAGCCAGCGAGGGAGUCGUACGUGCAGCAGCGCAAGAUAUACAGAGAGUGGAUCCAUCUCUGUUUGGAGAUGCACGUCAAUCUCAUUGUUUCAAUACAAAUUGUCCUGGAUUUGUGAUUGUGGAUAUAGAUAUACCUCUUGGUUCAGCAAUUGGAAAGGUCUCUAUACGUGGAGGGACACUGGUUGAGGACCUAGCUAAUGGAAACUGGUGGCUUGGAGUUGCGAAUACCAAUGUUGGAUUUUGGCCAAAGAGAAUACUUGGCAGCAGAUUAGCAAACUUAGCUUCACAUGCUGAAUGGGGAGGAGAGGUAUUUAGUCCAUCAAGCACUCCUAAACCCGCAAUGAGGGGAGGUCAUUUUCUAAUUGAGAGCACCAGAUAUGAUGCAUACUUCAGGAAUAUUGCACUUAAGAGUCCAAGUGGAGGGGAUAUAAAUUCUCAUACAUACGAGUUUACAAACAGUAGAAAACUGUAUGAUGUGAAAGAUGAAGGAAAAAAAGGGGCUUACUUUGGGCAUUUGGUACUAUAUGGGGGCACUGCGAGUUCCUAG